UUGCAGCAAACACAAAGAACUCAAACACGAGAGAGCCGAGCGAGACGGAAAGUUCAUCGCCCCCAACUGCAAUAAAAGUUCGCGGAUGCAGCCGACUCCAAUGCACUUCACCCAGACGGUUCUUGACGUUUAAACAAUUCACGGCGAUAAGAAAAGAAAAUGCUUAAAAUAAAUAUGCACAUACAUAUGUACUGAACAGUGAGUAAUUUAACUGUUCUUUUUUAUGUUUGCCAAGAGAAGGUCCCAGAAAAUGCAAAAAUUUCUUUUUUCCCCAACACACACACACACACGUAGCUUUUCUCUCCCUCUCACGCAAUCCAAAGCCGGCUGCGCCAGAAAGAGCUAGAACUUGCGAGAGAGCUAAAGAGAGAACGAGAACACUUUUCUGUGUGUGUGUGAGCCGGCGUCGGUAUAAAAGGCCGGUCCCGACGUCGGCCGCGCCGCAUUUUGAAUCUGACAAGCUUUUCGGAGUGCAAGCUUAAAAAAAUCUGUUUUUUUUUGUCCUGAAAAAAGAUUAAAGUUAAAGAAAAUGUCGAUUAUUCCGUUGUUAAACUUGGCUCGCGAAUUGGACCAUGACUACCGUGGUGCCUUCAACAACGACUGGGAUCACUUCCUGGAGGAUGACUUCGGAUUCGGCGUCCAUGCCCACGAUCUCUUCCAUCGUCCUCGUCUGAUGAUGCCCCACGGCUCCAUCGGUCGUCGCCGUUUUUUGCCGUACGAGAGGAACCACCAUCAUGGCCACCACCAGCUGGUGCCACGUCGCCAGUCGGGGGGACAGAACUCCCUGUUGCCGGCAGUGGGAAAAGAUGGCUUCCAGGUCUGCAUGGACGUGUCUCAGUUCAAGCCCAACGAGCUGACCGUGAAAGUGGUGGACAAAACCGUCGUGGUCGAGGGCAAGCACGAGGAGCGUGAGGACGGACACGGUCUGAUCCAGCGCCACUUUGUGCGCAAGUACACUCUGCCCAAGGACUUUGACCCCAACGAGGUGGUCUCCACUGUUUCGUCCGACGGAGUGCUGACCCUGAAGGCCCCACCGCCGCCCAGCAAGGAGCAGGCCAAGCCCGAGCGCAUUGUUCAGAUCCAGCAAACUGGUCCGGCCCAUCUCAGUGUCAAGGCCCCGGAGGCAGCUGCCGCAGCUGAUGGCAAGGCCGAGAACGGAGCCGGUGAGAAGAUGGAGACUGGCAAGUAAGAACGAGAAGACUUCGCUGGCGAAGAAGAAGAAACUUUGGAGAAGGAGUGGAGGAGUGUUGCAGCGCUGCUCGGAGAGCGCAAGACUAAAAAGGAUGCUCUUAGCAGCAGACCCCCAAAAACCUAAAAAAAAAAAAAAAACACACCAUUGUAUUACUCACACACACAAACAUUCACAUCAUCACAUCGUAGUUUUAAGAACUUUUGAAAUCAUUUAUCUUAAAAAAAAAAGAAAACAUUACUAGUAGUCUGUUAGAUUAGGCUAUACGGAAAUUCGGAGAAUGCCAGUUUCCAUUUCAUUUUAUACUUUUGUUACAAGAACAGCCGCAACACUCGGGAGUACUUUGCAUUUCUUUUGUGAACAACUGAAUAAAAUACAUAUACGAAUCGAAA